AUGAAUUUUGAAUCAUUAGCUAAUGAAUUAUUACUUGAUAUAUUUGAAUAUUUCAAUGCUAUUCAACUUCUUCAUACAUUUCAUGAUUUAAAUAUUCGUUUUAAUAAACUUAUUUAUCUUUAUUUACAAUCGUAUCCACUUGAUUUUCGAUCUAUAUCUAAGCAAGAUUUUGAUAAUAUUUGUCAAAAAAAUCUUCCAUUAAUAACUAAUCAAAUAAUAUCAAUUCAUCUUUCAAAUGAUGAUGAUACUCCUGAACAACCAAAUUUAUUUUUUUCAUUUGGUUUUCAUUUUCAACAAUUUACAAAAUUACAAUCACUUUCAUUAUAUUAUAUUCGUUCAACAGAUUUAAUUAAUAAUAUAAUACAUGAUUGUCCUCAUUUAAUUUAUCUUAAAAUUAGUAAAUGUAAUUUUGAUGAUCAUAUGGAAAAAGCUCAAAUUUGUGUAAAUAAUAUUUGGAAUUUAAUAAAAUUAAAAUAUUGUUAUUUAGAUAUACCAUUUUGUAAUAAUUUUCAUAUACCAUUAUCAACAAUAAUUUCAUUAUCUCUUGAAAAUCUUUCUAUUGCAAAUGAUUUAUUUAAUAUAAAUGAUUUAAUUUGUUUAUUUCAACAUACACCUAAUCUACAAAAUCUUAAUUUAAGAAUUGAAGAUACAUCUUAUAAUGAACAAUUUCCAUUUAUUAUUCCUCUAUUAUCAAAAUUAAAAAUUUCUUUUAAAGGUUCAUUAGAUACAUUGAAAAAUCUUUUACAAAAUAUGCCUACUUUAUCAGAAUUAAUUAUUGAAACAGAUGGUAUUUAUAUUGAUGGAUAUCAAUGGGAACAAAUUAUUAUUAAUUAUUUGUAUAAAUUAAAUGUAUUUAGAUUAUUAAUGUUCUAUAAAAUUGAUGUUGAAAAAAAUAUUAAUGAUGAAAUUGAUCAAUCACUUGAAUCAUUUCAAACGAAAUUUUGGCUUCAUGAUCAUCAAUGGUUUGUUCGAUGUGAUUCUAAUACUGAAUAUGGAUUUAUUUAUCUUUAUACUCUACCUUAUGGAUUUAAAAAAUUUUAUAAUCUUGCAAGUGAUAUGUCAAAAUCUACUUGUUCAAUUGAUAAAAAAUAUCAUAUAUCAAAUUAUGUCAAUAGUCUUAGUCUUGAUUAUUUUUUAUUAAGAUUUGCAUCACAAUUUCCAUUACAAUUUUCAAAUAUUAAUCAUCUUGAAUUAUCAUUUCCUUUUGAUGAUGUUCUUUGGUCAAUUCUAUCAAAAUUUAAUCGAUUAAUAUCAAUUGAAUUAGUAUCAAUUAUUCAUCCAGAUGAAAGUGAUCGACCAAUAACUCAUCUUCGUUUAUUACUUAAUCGAGCUAUUAAUCUUUAUUCAAUAACAAUGGAUUAUUUAAUAAUGUCACAAUUAUCAUUAGUACAAAUUAUAAAUAAAUCAAUUCGUCGACUUGAUUUAAUAGCUAAUGAUGGACAUUUUUAUGGUUUAGAAUGUAUUUCAUUAAUUCAAUCAUUUUUAGGUGAUCAAUGUGAAGUUUUAUUAAUUAAUAUUGAAAAUCGAUCAAUUGUUCUUGAUUUAGUUGAAAAAAUGCCUAAUCUUCGUGCAUUAACUUUUCAAUGUCAAGAUGAUCAAUGGGGUGAUAGUAAUGAAUCAUUAUUAAUAGAAGAUGAAUUUAUUCAAUGGUUAAAACAUCGUUUACCAUCAAAUUGUUUAGUCGUUAGAGAUGAAAGUGAAUUAUCUGCUAUUCGAUUAUGGAUUCGUUAA